AUGCCUCAGCUCUCCAGAGUCCGGUACAAUACAGUUCCUCUCAGGCUCAUGGCCAAGGAACUACAUGCCCUCGGACCUUACGAGUCCGAGGAGCUCAAGUUAAAUGUAACUUUGGCUGUUCCUAUAAAAGUAGAAAGUGAAGGAACUCAUAUCAUCAUCACGACGGUCCGAGAGAAGGUUGAAGGGCACCUGGUAAGAUUAACAACGAUCAGAUGCUCUUCUAUUUUAGAUUCAACAAUCCAUAAUAAACUGUUUUCAUCAUCAUCUCUGAAAUCCAUCUCAACUUCCACAAAUCAACACUCAUUUACAGUCAAUUACCUCAUCAAUUCAUGUGGGUUGAGUCCAGAAACUGCUAUUUCAUCUUCCAAAUACGUCCAUUUUAAAACCCUAGACAAACCAGAUUCAGUUAUCAACUUGUUCACGAACCAUGGAUUCAGCAAAACCCAGAUCUCAGCUGUCAUCAGAAAACGCCCAACAAUUCUCUUAUCGGAUCCCAAGGACACCCUUUUGCCCAAAAUGGACUUCUUUUACUCCAUCGGCAUUUCCAGCACUGAGCUGGCGAAGAUAGUAUCCAGUAAACCAAAUGUAUUGAUACGGAGCUUGAAGAACCAAAUCAUACCAUCUUUCAAUUUGUUGAAGAGUAAAUUACUUUAUUCAAAUGACAAGUUUAUCACGGCCUUCAAACGAUUUCCUGAGAUUGUAGCUCAUGAUCACAAUGCUAUUACAUUCCCCAACAUUGAAAAUUUGAGACAACAUGGCUUGCCAGAUUCGAGUAUUGUGUUCUUACUUACUACUGAGCCUAGGUCACUCAUGAUGAAGCCUGAUAGAUUCAAUGAGGUAGUGGAUGAUUGUAAGAAAUUGGGUUUCAACCCUUCAAAAUUAGUGUUUGUUUUGGCGAUUAAGGCAAUGACGGCAAUGAGCAAAUCAACAUGGAAAAGGAAGAUGGAGGUUUAUGAGAGGUGGGGAUGGUCUGAGGAAGAAACAAUGUUGGCUUUUACAAAACAUCCCUGCUGUAUGAUGAUAUCCGAGGAGAAGAUAAUGGGGGUGCUGAAUUUUUAUGUCAACACAAUGGGUUGGGAGUCUUCUGUAAUUGCGCAUCGUCCAAAAUUAAUGUCAUUGAGCUUGGGUGAGAUGAUAAUUCCCAGGUGUUCAGUACUUCAAGUUUUGUUGUCGAAAGGUUUGAUUAAGAAACCCAUUAGCCUACCGACAUUGUUGGAGUCCACAGAGAGUUUGUUCCUCAAGAAAUUUGUGACCUUUUAUGAGGAGGAAGCUCCUCAGUUGUUGAAACUAUAUCAAAGCAAAAUUGGACCUUUCAAAAUUACAUCAAGGUAA